CGGAGCAGUGCGUGGAGCUGCGGGUCUCUCCAGCGCUGCAGACAUGGCUGAUGUCCACGUCCGAAUAUGUGAACAAGAGAUUAUUAAAUAUGAUCUGGAGAUUAAAGCUCUGAUACAGGAUAUCAGUGAGUGCACAGGUCCACACAAUGAACUGACUGAGCUGAACUGCAAAGUGAAGGAAAGGUUCAGCCGUCUCCGGCAGAGGAUACAGGAUCUGGAGCAGAUGGGUAAGGAGCAGGAUAAGGAAUCGGAUAAGCAGGUCUUACUCAAAGAGGUGGAGGCCCAUCGUAAACAGAUGCUUAGUAAUCAGACAGCAUGGAGGAAGGCCAAUCUGGCCAGUAACCUGGCCAUCGAUAAGCUGGAAAAAGAAGAUCUGCUGAAUGUUGGUGGCACUGGAGCGAGGCAGAGAAAGAUGACCAAAGAGAGCCUGGCCCAGACGUCCAGUGACAUCACAGAGAGCCUGAUGAGCAUCAGCAGGAUGAUGUCGCAGCAGGUGAAGCAGAGUGAGGAGACCAUUAGCACUUUGUCCACUUCUUCAAGAACGGUGCUGGAGACCAAUGAAGAGUUUAAGGCCAUGACUGGGACCAUACAGCUGGGGAGAAAACUCAUCACCAAAUACAACCGGCGGGAGCUCACAGACAAGCUGCUCAUCUUUCUGGCCCUGGCACUCUUUCUGGCCACUGUUCUGUACAUCCUGAAGAAAAGACUGUUCCCUUUCCUCUGACCAGAUCACCCUUCACACACUGACCUGCAGAGCUCCAACACUAUGUGACACUUUUCCAGAAACAGGUUAUAUUAAAGUGGACUGAAGUGCCUCAACAGUGGAUAUCCACCAUUAAACAACUGACUUGCACCCUUAACAUCUGUGUAGUUUUACAUAGGAAGGUGGAGUAAUGUAUGUAUUUUUACUUGUUUACAGGUUGUUUGUAAAAUUUAUGACAGAUGAAAAAUCUCAGCAUAAAUUAUUGAGAUGGGAGUGGCUACUCGAUUUACACACUGCUUUCAUCUCCAUAAACACAUGAGAGUCCCAAUCCUAAAACCUACUUAUAGUAAUUAUGAAAAACAAUAUAGAAAAUUAACAUUUACAUGUUAAUAACAUGUAUGUGUGCUACACAAUGACUUUUCUAAAGCUGCCAAAAAUAUAGCACGUUAUCUGGAUUUGUGUACUGUACACAUUAGGUUUUUCACAGACCAUCGCUGUCUGUAACGUGCACAACAGUACUCUGAGAAAUUCUGCUAAUAAUUACAUUACUCACCUCUCUAGGUAAAACUAACCCAGGCCAAAUAGGGCUUUAGAUUAGGACUUGUUUUAAUUUGGCCUGUGGCUCAUUUUCCCAGCAGAAAUGCACUUUAAACUUUCAAAAAGAGUGAGGUGUAAAAUAUCCUGGAAGAUCCAGACUUAUUAUUCAUCACUUACUGCUCUGGAAAAAAAAUAAGAGACCACUUAGAAAAGAUGGGUUUCUUUUAUUUUACCAAAUUGAAAACCUCUGGAAUAUAAUCAAGAGGAAGAUGGAUGAUCACAAGCCAUCAAACCAAGCUGAACUGCUUGAAUUUUUGCACCAGGAGUGGAAUUAAAUUAUCCAAAAGCAUUGUGUAAGACUGGUGGAGGAGAACAUGCCAAGAUGCAUGAAAACUGUGAUUAAAAUCCAGGGUUAUUCCAUCAAAUAUUGAUUUCUGAACUCGUAAAACUUUAUAAAUAUGAACUUGUUUUCUUUGCAUUUCUCAUUUCCUGCAAAUAAAUGCUCUAAAUGACAAUAUUUCUAUUUAGAAUUUGGGAGAAAUGUUGUCUGUAGUUUAUAGAAUUAAACAAAAAUGUUCAUUUUACUCAAACAUAAACCUAAAAAUAGCAAAGUCAGAGAAACUGAUUCAGAAAAAGAAGUAGUCUCUUAAUAUUUUUUAGAGCUUUAUUAUUCAGAGUCUGCUGAAAAUCGACUUAAUGUUUUCACUAAUUUCAUGUAAUUUUGUUACAUUCCAAUAGACACACUCAUGUUUAAACAUCACUUAUCUUAUUUUCAUUCUCACUGAGCAUUUUAUUAGGAAGACUACACUGAUACUCAUUGGUAGGACCAAAUUUUACUCUUAAAAUCGCCUAAAUUUUCAAACCACCUCAUCAUACAUCGAGAUUCAUUAUAUAAGGUUUUGUUUCUGUAGUCUACAGCUGUCUAGUCUUUGUGAGGCUGUGUCUACUGUAGCCUUAGCUUUCUGUUCUUGACUGACAAAAGUAGAACCCAGUGUGGUAUUCUGCUACUGUUGCCCAUUGGAGACAUGUUUUUGCUUACUACAGUUGUACAAAGUGUUUAUUUAUAAGUCACUGUAGCCUUUCUGUCAGCUCCAACAAUUCUGACCAUUCUCUGUUGAUCUCUCUUAUUAACAAAGAGCUUCUCUCUGUGAAACCGAGGAGAUUAUCAGUUUAAGAAACACUUAAACCAGCCCAUAUACUAAUGCCAAUAAUGUUGAUAUGAAUAUUUCCUAAAUCUGCUGGAUCAUAUCUCAAGAUUUUAUGUAUAAAAUUCUCCCAAACAGUUGAUAAUUCCACAAAUGGGCUGGUGCACUGGUCUUCCUCAUAUAUUGCUGGGUUAAUGUGUAUUUUUUUAUCACCUGUAUAUGGUGUAAUACCGCACAUUCCAGAACAACUUAUUUGACACACUAAUGCCGUCCUAGACAUAAUGGUUAUUUUCUUUUAUCAGAAUUUAGAGUUUAUUUUAAUCAAAUGUGUAUAGACCUUAAUUAGUUUCAUUGUUUUAUUUAUAUAAAAGGUCCUUUCUGGAGCUACAAACUGGUCAGAAACUGACAGUUUGUGGAGAAAAAAAAACAAGGAAUAUAUAUGAUGUUUAAUUCUAAUUUAAAGGGUAAGUAUCAAAUCACCAUCUUGUUUAUUUUAUCAUAGACAAUAAAAAAAUGUUGCAAAAUUCCAAAUGUAUCCCUGCUGGUUCCCACUAAGUCAGACAAUCAGACGUCUGUAUGUGAGAUAUUGCAUUUUAUGUUUUAUUUUAUGUCAGUUAAUUUUGUUUAAGAGGUCUAAAAGUGACGAUUGUCAAUUAUGGCUCAAAUAUAAAUUAUAAAUAAAAUUUAAUGUGAA